AUGGCGUCACCGCACCUCCCCUUCCUCUCCUUCCCCAAAACCCUACCGCCACCACCUCCACCGCUCAAGCCCCACGCCCACCGGACCUCCCUCGCCGCCGCUCCAGCUCCGCCGCCGGCCCCGCCUGACGGCGCGGGGCCUGCCGCGCCCACGCGUGGGGACCGCUUCCUCGGCCUCCAGCUGGCCACCGAGGCCGCCGCGCGUGUCCUCGCUCCCGACGACGCCGACCGGCGCCGCCGACGCAAGGAGAAGCGCCGGGCCCUGGCGCGGAAGCCCUCCGGCCUCGCCUCUUGCUACGGCUGCGGCGCCCCGCUGCAGACGGCGGAGGAGGCCGCGCCGGGAUACGUCGACCCCGACACGUACGAACUGAAAAAGAGGCACCACCAACUGAGAACCGUUCUAUGUGGAAGGUGCAAGCUGCUGUCUCAUGGCCACAUGGUCACUGCUGUUGGUGGCCACGGUGGUUAUCCUGGCGGCAAGCAGUUUGUUUCUGCAGAACAACUCAGGGAGAAGCUGUCAUACCUCCGUCACGAGAAAGCGCUGAUAGUCAAAUUGGUUGACAUCGUUGACUUCAAUGGGAGUUUCCUGGCACGAGUACGCGAUUUUGCUGGUGCUAAUCCUAUUAUACUUGUGAUAACAAAGGUUGAUCUCCUUCCCAGAGACACUGAUUUGAAUUGCAUAGGCGACUGGGUUGUCGAGUCAGUUGUCAAGAAGAAGCUUAACGUCCUUAGUGUCCAUUUGACAAGCUCAAAGUCAUUGGUUGGUAUCACAGGGGUUAUAUCAGAGAUUCAACAGGAAAAGAAGGGCCGAGAUGUAUAUAUACUGGGUUCCGCAAAUGUUGGGAAAUCUGCAUUUAUCAGUGCAAUGCUAAGAACAAUGGCAUACAAGGAUCCGGUGGCAGCGGCAGCCCAAAAAUACAAGCCAAUACAGUCUGCUGUUCCUGGAACAACCCUUGGCCCUAUUCAAAUUGAAGCAUUUUUAGGCGGAGGGAAAUUGUAUGAUACACCUGGAGUCCACCUUCACCAUAGGCAGGCAGCAGUUAUCCAUGCUGAUGAUCUGCCUUCUCUUGCACCACAAAGUCGUUUGAAAGGGCGAUGUUUUCCCGCUAAUGAUACAGAUAUUGAAUUGAGUGGGAAUUCAUUAUUCUGGGCUGGGCUAGUCCGCGUUGAUGUUGUCAAGGCUCUUCCACGCUCACGGCUGACAUUCUAUGGGCCCAAGAAGCUAAAGAUUAACAUGGUCCGGACAACAGAAGCAGAUCAAUUUUACGAGACUGAAGUUGGAGUUACAUUGACUCCGCCAACUGGUAAGGAGAGAGCUGAAGGAUGGGCAGGGCUUCAAGGUGUUCGCGAGUUGAAGAUAAAGUAUGAGGAACGUGACAGGCCUGCUUGUGACAUCGCAAUCUCUGGGCUUGGAUGGAUUUCUGUGGAGCCAUCAGGCGUGCCAUCAAACGGCCCUGAUGACAAUAUCGAGGAAGAACACGAUGGCGGUGAGCUGCAUCUGGUGGUACAUGUACCCAAACCGGUUGAGGUAUUCGUCCGCUCCCCAUUGCCUGUCGGUAAAGCGGCGUCACAAUGGUACCAGUAUCAAGAGUUGACAGAGGAAGAAGAGGAGCUGAGGCCUAAAUGGCAUUACUGA